AUGGUUUUUAUAUCAGAUAGUACUUAUGAUAAACAAAGAAAAAUUUUAAAUGGUAUGAUUAGAAAUUAUGUUAAAAAUUAUCAUGAUCAAAAUCGAAUAUGUAUUAUUGAUAUUUAUAAACAUAUUAAUUAUCAUUCUAUGAAUGAUAUUAAACAAAGAGAUAUUAUUUGGGAUGAUUUUGUUUAUUUAAAAGCAGAUGGAUGUGAUCUUAUGGCUAAAAUUAUUUUUCAAGAAAUUUUUAAUAAAAUACAUCAACAAUCAUGA